AUGCAAAUAGCACAUAUUCUGUUACGUUAUAUAUUCAACAAAAAAGCAACAACGGUACUCGAUAGCAGAUCGGACCCAGUGUUUGUCACUGGUACUUCGAAGCUAGCCAGAGAUCAACUUUGUCGCGAUCUAAAAACUUCAGACAUUGGAAGCUCGAAAAAACUGGCUGACCUAAUCGAUGAUGAGCUAGGAAGAGCUGCGCGAAGCUUACGUUUCGAAAAGUUUAUAAAGGACGAAGCGGUGACUCUAUCGUCACCUCCGAACAGUAAACUAAUUUAUCGAGAUGAUUCUCAAGAAGACUUCGCAGGAUUAGCUCAGCGUUAUGGGUCUAAAUACUACAAUGCCGCUUAUGCACUUGGAUUACGGUACUCUUAUUUGUGUUUGACAGGUCAUGGUCUUGCUCGAGCAUAUAAAGAAGACACAAAACGGAGUGCAGACGAUCCAUUAGCUUGUGAAGGCUUUGCUUCAGCUUUCAAUCAUUACUUUGAUCGAUACUAUUCAGCUUUUCAUGAUCUCGAGGCCGAUUUUGGAUCACGCGGUUGCUUCUUCAAAAUAAAAUGGGAAGAAGAGCUUCCGGAUAUGACAUAUUAUCUAUGCCCUCCAUUUGAUGAAUCACUUAUGCAGUUGUGUGUGGAUCAUGUUUUCAAUGCAUUGGAAAAGCGUUUGGUAUUACGACCUACAUUUGUCUUCUCUAUACCUGGAAGUUGGACAAAUUUUAGUGCUCUUGAACAAUUGAAGGCAAGUAUUUGGGUGCGAACCCUCAUUGACUAUCCGAAAGGCAAAUUGCCUUUUAUCGAUUACAUGGCAACAAGAGAAAAGGAUCGAAUCAUUUAUCCAACCGAUAUAUGUGUAAUCACUCUCUCGGAUAAGAUCGAAAAGAGAAAAGCGGAUUGCAUCGAUUCGGAAUACAGUGACCAUCCAGAGGAUGUAGUGGCGAUACAACCACUACAAAAGAAACGACGAAACGAAACAGACGAAGGAAACGAACAUAAUCCCGAGGAUGCAGUGGCGAUACAACCAAUACAGAAGAAACGACGAAACGAAACAGACGAAGGAAACGAACAUAAUCCACAGGAUGCAGGGGCGAUACAAUCAAUACAGAAGAAACGACGAAACGAAACAGACGAAGGAAACGAACAUAAUCCAGAGGAUACAGUGGCGAUACAACCAAUAAAGAAGAAACGACGAAAUGAAAUAGAUGAAGGAAACAAACAAAAUCCAGGUGAUAUAUGUGGUACUGAGAAGAUACAACUUGAUUGA